CUUUCACUUUUGUGAAGCUGAUGUCUGUCUCUGUGUCACUUCAGCUCCUUUCUUAACAAUGGAGGAAACUAAAAAGCCCUCCUCUGAGCUUCACCUGACCUGCUCCUUCUGUUUGAAGAACCUGUCGUCGCCUGUCUCACUCCACUGUGGGCACAACUUCUGCAGGAGCUGCAUUGAAGACCACUGGAACAAGAGCACAGUGUACCACUGCUAUGACUGCAAGAAGGAAUUUGGCACAAGGCCUUCUCUUAGGCAGAAUGAUUUACUUACCAACCUAUUGCAGGAAUUCCAGAACAGGGAGCUCAGUUCAGAUCAACAUGAGAUGAAGCAGACAGCUGCACAGGCCGCCGCUGACGCUGACUACAAGAGACCCCUUUACACUUCAAAGAAAGGCAAGCAGAAGAAAUCCACCCAAGAUCUUCAUCACCACAUGUGUACUAAGCACCAGAGGCCUGUGGAAUUUUUCUGCCGAACUGAUCAGAUGUGCAUCUGCUUUGAGUGUACAGAGAAUGAACACCAGAGACACGAUAAGGUGACCGUGGACAGAGGAAGAGAUGAACUGCAGCCCCUGGUGGAAAACACAUUCCAGAAAAUUGAAGAAAUGGUGCAGGAGAAAGAGAAGAGAGUGGCCAAGAUGAAGGAAAACAUAACAGAUAUGAAAACCUCUUUAAAAAGAGAAUCGGAGGACUAUCAAAAUACCUUAUCAUCUCUACUUCAAUGCAUUGAGAGGCUAAGGCACCAGGUGUCGGAGGAGUUUAGAAGCCAUGAACAGAAGGAAGUGAACAAAGCUGAAGAGUACAUAAAGCAAGUAGAGCAGGAGAUCAAAGAUCUAAGGCAGAGAGAAGAUGAGCUGGACGAGCUUUCAAAAACAGAGGACCACAUCCUCUUCCUCGAGAAAUUCCCAUCUUUCCAUAUUCCUACUGUGGUUGGAGAUACACCUGACAUAAAUGACAAAGGAGGCUUAUUUUCACAGAAUAAAGAAAAAGAGUUGCUUUUGUUGGAAAAGCAUAUUCAGAAGAUUAGCAGCUGGGAUAUUGUGAAAACCAAAAAGAAGGAAACAUGCCAUGUUUCACUGCAAACAGACCAAGAGAACAAAGAUCUCAAAGCUUCUGGAAGUUCUGAGGCAGGGCCACAGCAUGCUAACGUGGUGCCUUAUGGUAAAACGGACACCAAAAACCUGGGGAAACGUGCCAUUGACAGAACAGAGACUUCUACUCCUGAAGUAAAGAGGAUGAGGAAGGAGGAGGAAGAGGCACAUUCAUCUGGUAUCCCUCUCUGGGACUGGUUUUCCAAAAAGUCUUCUCCAGUUCUGGGCAAAGAUAAAGUUACUAUUGAAGUUGAAGGUUUAGAAAAAACCUUUCAAUCAGGGAAGACGUUUAUUAAAAAUCUCAUCAAGAAAAUGAACGAUUCUGAAAUUGAUAUUUAUCAAGGAGUGUUUGACAGUCAGUCCAGCAAUCUGGCUCUUCUCUUUUGUCCAGUUGCUUCGAGAAUUGGAACAGAUAUUAAUGUGGCACUGAAGAAAAUUCCAAAUAAUAAGAAGGCCAUUCUGGUUGUUAUGCAUCACACCCCUAACCCUGCUUAUAUUGUAGCAGAAAGUGCAAGACUUGUGAAGCAGAAAAAUGUGGUUGGCACAGUUGACCUCCUUUUCCACGAAUCUAUCGGCUUACUUGAAUGCCAACUCAAUGAACAAUCCUUAGAAAAAGUUUUCAUCUUUUGCAAGGAUCACUGUAUGAAAUAACUCUGUAAGCAUUGUCAUCAAAGCAGCUCUUUAGAAGUAAAUUGAUCAUACAUCAUAAACGGGGCAUGCAAUGGACUCUGGGUGAUUGAGUCUGGACUGGAAUCCUCCUUCCACAGCGCUUGAAUGAGGGGUAUCUUGUGUGGAAUGU